AUGAAGGUAGUGAAAGCACUGGAGACACUUGGAGUGGAGUGGAUCUCAGAAACUUAAGUAAAAAAAGAAGGAGAGAUAAACUCUAAUUGUUAAAUAUUGUUUAGAAUAACUAAUAAUGAUAAAGAGCAUUUGAAUGAUCGUAAAUUAUAAGGAGAUCGAGCAUUACAUGCUUAGAUAUGUGCAGGUGAUACAAUUAAAUUGAGUACCUACACUCUUAAAGGACUUAAAGAUUGGAAUGAGGCGAAAUUCCUGGAGGAAAAGGUUGAACUUAUUGAAUCAAAAAAGGCUUGGUCGUAUAUUUAUAUGGCUUAUAAUGAAGAUGCAGGUCAGAUUCACACAUUGUUGCAUCUAUUUGCAGAAGACAAACCAGUCAUUUUUAAUGGAGUCUAGCAUUUUGUGCCUCAUUUCAUUGGUAUUUAUGUUGGGAAGGAUCCACAUUCAAGAAAAUUCCAAGGUGAUCUUUAAAAAUGGGUUGCUUAAUAUGGAUAAGGUGCAUUUGUGGAUGUUUUAAAGAAAGGAUAUUAAGACCAUUUACCUAACUUUAGACACAUUCAGAUCAAUCAAAAACAUCUAUGGUCUGAAAAAGAGAGUCACAUUAUCCAAACCCCUGAAAAAUUAGAAGUAACCUUUACAGAAGAGACAGAAUCUGUUGAUGAAUAUGCUGUAGGUGUCUGGACAAGAUGGCUGAUUGCAUUCCCUACCACAUUAAUUGACAGAUCGGAUGUGCAUACAAUAUUUAGGUUCUCAAAUAAAAGAUAAUACUAAGAUAAGAGUGAAUUAGGAAAUAGAGUUUUAUCAGCAUUUCUUACUUAUGGAAAUUAUGAGUUCAGUACUUAUGAUGCAUCUAAACCAGCAAAUGCUGUUGAUGGUUAAUUGCCAUAUGAGAACAUUGAAGGAGAAUGGACCUAUGUUUAUGCUGCAUAUAAAAAUAAAUAGUUCUAUGGAAUGAUAUUGUUUAAAGAACAAUAGAAGGCAGCUCAUCUCACUUUAGAUGUCACCCAUUAGGUGUUGACUGGAUAUGCACAUUUUGUAUUGGGAGCAAGUGAAUUCGGUUACAAAGCAUUUCAUGGCUGGUAUUUUGAUCCAAGGAUUUUCUUAGGUUCUGGUAGCUUCAUCAAUGACUCACAAAAAGUAGUUGAGAUGAUACAUAAAUUACAUCGCUCACUACCUGUUUUUCCACAACAAGCUGAUGAUUUUGUAUGGCCUGUUUCUAUGAUGGAUACAACCAAUUGGGAGGAUAUGGAUACUAAAAAGGAUAAACUCAAUUAUGAAUUCGCUGAUAGGUCUUAGGUUCAUUCAUAUAGCUUUGGUUUUUGGUAUCAAACAGCUGUUUUAUUACCUGAAAUGGAAAAUGAUUUUAGAGGAUUAGUGAGAUUAACUACUAAUAGUCAAGAUAUAGCAGGGGAUGAAAAAUUCAUAGGAGAUCGCACACUUGCUGUUUUUACAAAAACUGAUGAAUUGUUGGCCAGUACAUACACUAUAAAGGAUCCUUUAUUUGAACCAGUUUCCCAUUCAUUUGAAUUAAUAAAAAACCAAUGGACAUUUGUUUACUUUGGAUACGAAAAAGGUCAUGCAAGGGCAUACGUUUUAUUGCCAGAAGGACCUCAAGAAAAAGAGCUUUCUGUACAACAUAUCAUACCUAAUGAAUUCUAUUUACAUAUCAUCAAUGACAUUGGUCAUCCUUCAUUUUGGGGUAAAAUUUAUGGAUUGAAAGUCAAUUUUGGUUAAGGAAGUUAUCUAGAAAAUCCAUUAGAACUUAUAGAGAAAUGGCCAUAUGAUCCAAAAUAACAUCGAGACUAUGAUAAGUAAGGCUAAAAGACAUUAUCUAUUAAUUCUGCUAAAGUUUCAAAGUAGAAAUCAGAAGAAUUCAAAGAAUGAGCUUAUAAAUAACUUAUGAAAUAAUUAAAUUUAAUUAA